AUGAUUGAGAGAGGAGUUCAACCGAAUACAAUCACAUGCAAUACCAUAAUAACCGGGCUGUGUAGAGUUGGUGAAUUAGUCCAUGCUCUUGACCUGUUGAGGAACAUGGCUAAAUGGAACUGCGAAGCAAAUGUGGUUUCUUAUAGUGUGAUCAUAGACACACUAUUGAAAACAGGAUUGGUUGACGAGGCUCUGCAUUUGUUUUCAGAAAUGAUAGAUGAUUCCAAUAUUGCACCACAUAUCAUUCUCUAUAAUUCUCUGAUUAACGGGCUUUGCAAAAAUGACAGGUUAAGUGAAGCGGUCAGACUCUUGGAUAGCAAUAGCAUGUCUAGUCGAGGAGUUUCUGCGAAUUCAUGUACUUACAAUUCUCUCAUGGGCUUUGCAGAAAAGACAGCCAUCACAACCAUCGAUUUGAGAAUUGGCGGAGAAGAAUUUGAAGAACAUGGUGAACUGAGGGUAUUUGCCGAUCGAUUGAGACAUGAAUAUGAGGUCAAGAAGCAAUUAAAGCUUGGUGAAAUCGAGAAGAAACAGGGUUAA